AUGACCGUCGCACAACAUCAACACCGUCCACUACUCACCAUCGCCGAACACGACAUAGAGCACGUCGAGAACUUCACAAACCUCGGAAGCAACAUCUCAAAUACUGGAGACUUGGAGAAAGACGAACAGACCAGAAUUGGCCAAGCUGCAGGAGUCUUCAAACGACUCCGGAACAUCUGGUCGUCGAAAUCCAUCACCACGGCCACAAAGCUACGCCUCUAUAUGUCAUUGGUCAUUCCUACAGCGACCUACGCCUGUGAGACGUGGACGAAGACGGCCAGCAUCACCAACGAGUUGGAUGUCCUCCAUCGACGGUGCCUCAGAUCCAUCCUAAAGUCACCCUUGUCUGACAUUGUCUCUGACAGGAGAAAGAUAAUGACCGGACAUGUACUCCGACUGCCAACAGAGAGAGACCGGCAAGUGUGGCAGUAG